CCAAUAUGGCCCUCGUCGCACAGAUCACUGUCCCCCGCUCCAACACCACCAUCUCCGUUCCAACGGGUCUGUUCAUUAACAACGAGUUCGUUCCCUCCGAAGACCCUUCCAAAUCAAUCACCGUCGUCAACCCUGCCACCGAGGAGGUUCUUUGCUCCAUUUCAGCUGCAUCGGAAAAGGAUGUUGAUAGAGCCGUGAAUGCCGCCCGAGAAGCCUUUCGUACCACCUGGGGAAAGAACGUCACUGGAUUCGAGCGCGCGAGGCUCAUCAACAAGCUUGCGGACCUCAUCGAAAGAGAUCAGCAAGUCCUCGCAGAAUUGGAAUGCAUCAACAACGGAAAACCGGUCAAGAUCGCCAGGGACUUUGAUAUAGGAGAUAGCAUUGGGUGCCUCCGCUACUAUGCUGGCUGGGCUGACAAAAUUGUUGGGCAGAGCAUCGAAAUAGACCGCAAGACCAAAUUUGCCAUCACCCACCCAGAGCCUAUCGGUGUGUGCGGCCAAAUAAUUCCAUGGAACUAUCCCAUACAGAUGUGGGCAUGGAAAGUUGCUCCCGCGUUAGCAGUCGGGUGCACAAUAGUGAUGAAGCCCUCGGAGAUCACUCCACUGACAGCGCUUAAACUCUCGGAACUGGUUAAGGAAGCUGGAUUCCCUCCGGGCGUAAUUAAUACCAUUCCAUCAAUGGGUUCUGUGGGGGGCGCUGCCCUAGCCGCUCACAUGGACGUCGACAAAGUUGCCUUCACCGGUUCUACAAUCACCGGGCGUAGGAUUAUGGAAGCUGCGGCGAAAAGUAACUUGAAAAAGGUGUCCCUCGAGCUAGGUGGGAAGUCCCCACAGCUAGUGUUCGAAUCGGCGGACUUGGAUCAAGCGGCAAAUUGGGCUGCACUAGGUAUCUUAUACAACACUGGUCAAGACUGCACAGCCGGAUCAAGGCUAUAUGUUCAAGACACAAUCUACGAGAAAUUCCUUGCUCUUCUGGCGUCGAAAGCGCAGGAACUUGUAAUUGGUGACGGGUUUGAUGAGGCAUCUGGCGGUGGUCCCGUGGUCUCCAAGGCACAAUAUGACCGAGUGUGGGGCUACAUCAAUUCAGGUAAACAGGAGGGGGCCAGGAUUGUUAUCGGUGGAGAAAAGCGCGCUGGCGUUGGGUUCUAUGUUGAACCCACAAUCUUUGCCGACAUUCGGCCCGACAUGAAAGUGGUCAAAGAAGAAAUCUUUGGACCAGUUUUGGUCGUCGGCAAAUUCCAGACGGAAGAGGAAGCCAUUGCCCUGGCAAAUGACACGACGUAUGGUCUCGCGGCCGGCCUGCAUUCCAACGACGCCGCGCAAUGCGCGCGCGUUUCCUCCGCUUUAGAGGCAGGCACGAUUUGGAUCAACCAAUACAAUUUGCUUUACAACAAUGUACCCUUCGGCGGUAAGAAGCAGAGUGGUAUCGGCCGCGAGCUAGGGAGUCACGCCCUCGACGAAUACAUAUCCACGAAAGCAGUGCAUUGGAACUACGGAGAGAAACUCGCCUGGCCCUUAUAAUAGAAGUACGAUCUGACGACAUGGAGAGGAAUCUAAAUCAUAUGUAGCUUUCGCCGUCCCGGUCUCUGUCUGGAUCUAUCCCUACGAUCACCUCGUGGUAUUGAGGCUCUGAAACUCGACGCAAAAUCGACGUCCUCGCGGGGUCUUCGUGAACAGCAUAGAAAAGUGACCGAUUACUUCCUAUGAAAAGAUCCAAUACACAGCCUCCAAUCAGUCCCAUCAAGGACGGCCGCAUGUGCUCAAAUCACUUCAUGACAGAAAACCUUGAUGCCAGGAUAAACAUCCGAAACCUAUUAUAUUGAAGCGCCGGCAUCGAAAGCUAUCACAUUCGCGUCGGAGAAGUACGUUGACUUCAGGAACUACCAAGAAGAUACUAUUAUGGGCCUCUCUUUUAAAUUAAUAGAAGAUGUCGUCAAUAGCGGGCUACAGAUACGCCUUGCUUGCACACCUAG